AUGGUUCAGCUUGGCCACGUUGUAAGCAGCCUGGCGCUGUCUCUCGUUGCCGUCCAGGCUGCCCCUCACCUUUCCUCCCGGCAGAACCUUCCCGACCCUGCCGGGGAGAAAAACAUCGGCAACGGCGCCGGUAUCCAGUUCAUCGGUGGCCAGUGCCUUGGCGCUGCUGACUGUGCCUCAGGCUGCUGUGCUAUCCUCCCCCGCGGCGCCGAAACCAUCGGUGUUUGCUCUGGAGUCGGUGCCCAGACCCAAGCUGGAAAGCAAGGCUGUGGUUUCGAGGCUGCUGCUUUUGGCGGAGGAGCUGCUGCCGGCAACACCAACAACAAUGAUAAUAACGCUGGCACUGGCACCAACACUGGUAAUGACAAUGGCGCCGGUACAGGCGGUCGCCGCCGCGGCCGCGGCCGCAACCGCAACAAACAACGCGACACAUCUUCCAUCCAGGCGGCUGCAGUCCCAACUCCUCGCACCAACUCCCUCCUCGGCACAAUUGGCCAAAUUGUCGGUGCCAUUAGCCGUCCUCCCCCGCCUCCUCCCCGCGUCGCCCGUCCUCCUCCUCCUCCUCCUCCUCGCGUCGCCCGGCCUCCUCCCACCCCCGGCGGCGCUCGUGCCCCUGCCUUCCCGGCUGCUCCUCCCCCCCCGCCUCCCCGUCCCGGUAUUAGGAACGCCGAGGCUGCGCUUGCUUCUCCUGGGAAUACACAGACUGCACCGCUGCCGCCAAAUGGGAAUGCGGUCCGUCCUCAGCGGGGGCAGAAUGGAGUCCCCUCUCCCCCUCUUCCUGGCAGUAACCAGGCCGGUAACAGGAAUACUCCUGUCCCGGGAAACCGGGGUCAGGUCUCUCCUUCCCCGCCAACCAACAACAACCAGAACAUUUUCCCCGUCAACAACGGACAGAACGUCCCUCGUCCCGGUGGUACUCAAAACGGUGUUCCCCCUGCUCCUGGUGCCCAAGCUGGUAACCGGAAUGGCGUCCCUCCCCCUCCCCUGCCGCCAAACAUAAACCGCCAGGUUGCCACCCCCGGUGGCCAGGUUAACGGUCAACGUCCUCCUGUAAUCGUCGGCGCCGGCGAUGGAGCCAACCGUGGCGGUGCUGCCCCCCCUCCUCCACCCCCUCCUCAGGUUGGCGGCAAUCGGGGCGGUGCCGUUCCUCCUCCUCCGCCGCCUGGUGGUCAGGGAGGUCGGGAGCCGUGGAGCUAA